GGUGGAACAACAUUCUCUCACCUGGGCUUGCUGGGUGUGGUGAAGAUGAGGAAGCGGGGAAGAGGCAGUCACGUAGACUUUUAUAGGGUUUGGAGAGCGCUCCCUACUAACUAGAGAGACGGAGCCGGGUGCUGUGAGCGCUCCACAAUGAAUAAUCCAAUUCCUUCAAACUUGAAAUCCGAAGCUAAAAAAGCAGCAAACAUUUUGAGGGAAUUUACAGAAAUAAGUUCUCGCACUGGACCGGAUAAAAUUAUUCCUGCUCAUGUUAUAGCAAAAGCACAAGGUCUUGCGGUUUUAUCUGUGAUAAAAGCUGGCUUUUUAGUAACUGCCCGAGGAGGAAGUGGUAUAGUUCUUGCUCGACUCCCUACUGGACAAUGGUCUGCUCCUUCUGCCAUUGGUAUAGCCGGCCUAGGUGGUGGAUUUGAAGUCGGAAUUGAAGUCUCUGAUCUGGUUAUUAUACUGAAUCAUAAAAGAGCUGUUGAAGCCUUUGCAAAAGGCGGUAACCUUACACUUGGAGGGAAUUUUACGGUGGCAAUUGGGCCCCUAGGAAGGAAUUUGGAAGGUGAUGUUGCAAUCCGAAGUUCGGCUGCAGUAUACACUUAUUGUAAGUCUCGUGGACUGUUUGCAGGAAUAUCUUUGGAAGGAUCAUGUCUAAUUGAACGAAAAGAAACUAAUCGGAAGUUUUAUUGUCAAGAGGACAUUCGCGCAUAUGACAUUUUGUUUGGUGACGUUUUCCCUCCUACCCAAGCGGAUGAGCUUUAUGAAAUCCUUGGUUCUUUCACAGAACAAUAUGAGAAUGAGGGACAGAAGAUUAACAUGAGAAAAGUUGCCAGAGAGCAAAGGAAGGGCGUGCAAAAUUCUUCAAAACAAAUCAGGCCACGUCCACAUCCGGCUGCAUACAGAAAUGAAGGCAAUUCAAGAAGUGAAUACCUGAUUGCAAUUGCUGUCUAUCCUUUCGAGGGACAGCAGCCAGGUGACCUGUCUUUCCAAGUUGGCGACAAAAUUACAGUAUUAACAAAAACCGACUCUAAAGAUGAUUGGUGGGAGGGGAAGCUAAGAAGGAACGUGGGUAUUUUUCCAGCAAAUUAUGUUGAACUAGCUAAGUGAAGAAUUGUUUGCUUUUCAAACAAGUACCAAUGCACUGGGAUUCUAAAAAUAUAUAAUUAUUACUUUUUUUUAAUAUUAUAUACUUGAUAUUUGUGACAAUGCACAUAAAAAUGAAAAAAUACAUUUUAGAUAAUAUAUAAUAUACAGGCACUUUUAUAUGAAAAUCAUUUUCAUAAGGUACAUUCAUGGAUAUGAAACACUUAAAAAAAAAUACUUUAAAAAGGUAUUGGAUUUUUAGUGCCAUUAUUAAAUAAUUUAUAUAUCAGUAAAAUAUUUUUCCUGGAUAAUAGAUGCAUGUAAGAAAUCAUACAUGAAAAAUAAGUUUCAUGAAGAUUAAGAAUCAAUUGUUCGAUCAAAUAAUGCAUACAGUUGUCUAUGAGCAUAAUUCUAAUCAUCUAUUAAAAUUUGAAAACUAAACUUUUAAAAUUGUUCAUACGGCAGUAGCCAUAAUCCCAUUGCCCGGCACAGGUAAUGGUGUGCAUGGACAACUGAGUUUCUGUAUAGCUGACAUUUGUUAUGAACUGGAAUAACACUUAUUAAAGUGAUGAACUUGA